GUGGCUCCAAGUCCGCGCAGUCGAGUUCCGCGUCCCCGAGCGUUGAGUUCAGUCUUAUAAAGAGCAGCAGCAUUUCCUGGCUAAGCGGGAAAAUCAACCAUCUACUACCAUACCAUACCAUCUACCAUCACGCGCGCCAAGUUCAAAUCAUACUCUAUUUUUUUUUUACACGGAGUGCUAUAGUUUUUUUUGUGUUCCAAGUGCAAUACGGAAGUGUGUUUUGGCAGCAGCUAUACAUUUAUAUAGCCCACAGGAUACCAGGAUACCAAACUCAUAGUUCCGCGACAAGAUGACUAGUUCGAGGAACAUCCUGCUGAUGCUGCUCCUGGUGGCCAGUGCCUGCCUCGUCCAUUUGGAGGCCAAGACCGUCUUCCGGCGCACGGACAAGAUAUCGGAGAACUUCAAGCAGUUGGAUCUGCCGCCCGAGGAGAUUGACCCGAAUGUGGCGCCCCCAGAAUCCGAACCGCCCAAGGUGGAGGAUGUGGCGGAGGAGGUGGUGGCCGAUGCAGUGACUCCGGCCUCUGUGAUCGACGAGAGUGCCAAUGAGAUUGCCAGCGGAGAUGUGGAGACGCCGAAUGCGGCCGUGGCCUCCGUUCCCGAGGUUGCCGAGGCUGUUGAGGCUGCCGUUCCAGAAGCCCCUGCUCCGGUGGCCACCACCUUGGCCGCCAAGCCCAAGCCCACCGCUGCUCCGACCACCGCCAAGCCGGAGAAUCCCAUCAGCAAGUACUGCAAGUGCACGGAGUCGCAUUGCGACUGCUGCCGGAAGUUUGGACUGCCGUUGCUGCCCAGCGGACAGGGCUGUGCCAAGAUUGCCUACUUGGGCAACGACGAGAUGAGCGUGUCCCUGAAGUACGGCGACAUCACCUUGGCCUCCCGUCGCAUCUCCAGCAAGCGUUCCCGUCCCAUUUGCGUCGGCCUGCCGGGCGGCUACUCCAAGUUCUGCGGCAAGGUCUACGGUCUGUCCCGCUCCAAGGACGCCAAGGACUUCAAGGCCUGCUUGGCCUUCGAGCUGCGUGCCGACGACGAGGUGGAGGCCUCCCUGCGCGUCUCCUGCUUCAAGUUCGGUCCGGAAGGACUCCGUGUGGCCGAGGCGGAGCCACUGCCCGUGAAGCCCAGCUCGGAUGACGAUGAUGACGACGACGAUGACAUCUUCGGAUUUGCCGCUGGUGGUGACGACGAUGAGGAUGAGGAGGAUGACUAUGACAGCGACAACGAUGCGGAUGCGGAUACCGAUGACGACGACGACACCGAGGAUUAUGCCGACGAUGAUGAGGCCGAGGCGCCCGAGGAUGCCGACUACGGUGGUUUCAGCCUGGCUGGACUGCUCGACGAACUGGAUGAUGAUGAGGACGAAAAGCCGGUGAAGAAGCCAGCGGCUGUGGCCGCCGUGGAUGAGACCCGCGAACAUGUGGCUGCCGAUGGGCAAACGACCUCCACAUCGCAAUCGCAAUCGACAUCGACCAACGAACAGGUGCAGAGCAAGGACGAUUCAGGAGCUCCGGCCGCUGGCGAUGCUGCUGCUAAUGCUGCUCCUGCCGCCGUCGAUGGAGAUGUGGUGACCCCGUCACCCGCCACCGAUGACGACUCCACCACGCCCAAGUCCAAAAAGUCGAAGAAGGCGAAAAAGAACAAGAAGAAGAAGGCCGCCGCCGAGGCGACGGAUGAGACAGGAUUCGCCUAUGAGCUGCUCAACGGCAUCCUGGAUUUUUUCAACUGAGCGGCCAGCGCGAGUUUGCCAACAUGCUGGGCAACAGUGUAAAUACCUUGUACCGCCGCAGCUGGCCGUCGGAGAAUUAGAGUUAAGCACUACUUAAGGGUCCCCCUCUGAAAAUUGCACUUAUUUAUUUCCUAUUUAUUCGAUCCAUUAAUUUAUUUUAAAUUUAUAACGAAUAAAAGUCGAAAAUGUACUACCCAUA